UGUUGUCAAGGUGUUCGUGAAGUAAUUUCCGGCCGCGUCGGGCUGCCGUAAUGUGUCAUUUCCGACGUAAUGGCGGCGUUAGUGGGUUUGUCCCGGUGCUGUCUCCUUGGGCCUCCUCGUAGGCAACGCCUUUGGCCCCGCACCAGACCUGGCAGGACCCCGUUCCCUCGGGGUUCGAUGAGAGCCAGCAGUUCGAAGGCGGUGUACGAUGUGGUGGUGUCCGGAGGGGGCAUGGUCGGGACGGCCAUGGCGGCUGCUCUGGGUCAUGAUGUUCAUCUCCGUGAUAAGAAAAUUCUCCUCCUUGAAACUCGCCCAAGGAAAGUGUUUAACCAGGUGUCAGAGAAUUACAGUAAUAGAGUCAGUGCUAUCACACCUGGCUCAGCGACAUUUCUCAGUAGCUUUGGUGCUUGGGAAGAUAUAUGUAAUAUGAGAAUCAAACCCUUUCGGCGGAUGCAGGUGUGGGAUGCAUGUUCUGAUGCCAUGAUCAUCUUUGAUAAGGAUAACUUGGAAGAUAUGGGUUACAUUAUAGAGAACAACGUUAUCAUGGCAGCUUUAACCAAACAGUUGGAUGCAAUUUCAGACCGUGUGGAAGUUCUCUACAAGAGCAGAGCAGUUGGGUACACCUUCCCCCUUCAUUAUCAAACCUCUGAUUCAAGCCCUUGGGUCCAAAUUGAUUUAGCAGAUGGACGCAGACUUCAAACCAAACUGCUGAUUGGUGCAGAUGGGCAGAAUUCCGUGGUCCGGAAAGCAGCUGGUAUUCAGAAUAUUCAGUAUCGCUAUGACCAGUCAUCGAUAGUUGCCACUCUUCACUUGUCCGAGGCAACAGAUAACAACGUAGCAUGGCAAAGAUUUCUUCCAUCUGGACCAAUUGCUCUUCUUCCGCUCUCUGACACUGUCAGCUCUUUGGUUUGGUCAACAUCACAUGAACAUGCAUCACAGCUUCUGAGCAUGGACGAGGAAAGUUUUGUAGAUUCUGUAAAUUCUGCUUUUUGGAGCAAUGCACAUCACUCAGAACUUAUUGAUACGGCUGGAUCCAUGUUCCAAUCUGCUGUUUCUUUCCUGAUGCCAUCAGGGACUGCAGGCCGCCAGCUGCCUCCAAGUGUUGCAAAAGUGGACCCAAAGAGCCGAGCUGUGUUCCCUCUUGGAUUGGGGCAUGCAACAGAAUAUGUCCAACACCGUGUGGCUCUGAUUGGGGAUGCUGCUCACAGAGUACAUCCUCUAGCAGGCCAAGGUGUAAACAUGGGCUUUGGGGAUAUUGCAUGCUUGACACGUCAUCUCAGUGCUGCGGCAUUCAGUGGGAAGGACCUAGGCUCUCUGAAGCAUCUGCUGCAGUAUGAAGGAGAAAGGCAGAGACACAAUGUUUCUCUAAUGGCUGCUAUUGACUUAUUGAAGAGAUUGUACUCUACAAGUGUAAUUCCUUUUGUGUUGCUUAGGACAUGGGGGUUGCAAGCAACUAAUGCCAUACCUCCAGUUAAAGAACAGAUCAUGGGAUUUGCUAACAAGUGACAGCCUCAUAAAUCAAGUACUAUUGACUGCUGAUGGUUGCAUGGACUCAUCCAUUAUAAGACUAUUACAUUUCAUCUAACCUAUUUCAAACAGAAAAAAAACCUUCAAGACGUAUGGCAUUUUUACAUUUGCUUAUUCUGAUGGAAGUUCUUCCUUCUUCCAGUGAAACUGGCAGUCAAUUUUCUCCUAAAAUGCCAAUGUAGUCUUACUUAGUACUGGGAUAUCUGGAACUGUAAAGACUGUUUGAGCAAAAUGGUGUUGUUGGAAUGAACAGUAAAGUGUAGUUUGAGGGAAAGAGGCAAAAACCAGCAUAGAACAUGUGGAUGUCUUCUGACACAGAAGGACUUUAUCCUGCCUUCUGCAAGAUCCAGUUCUACUGAAGAAGCAGUUCUGUCAGCGGAAGAACUUCGUUGGAUUCCAGUCAUUCUCCUGCUUCAAAUGAGAAAGACUCUAAGCGGCCAGCUUAGUCAUUUAUCAUGUCUUUCCCAUUUUUUUUUUCAGUCUUGUCCUCUUAGACAUAUCUGGGAUAGGGAUAUUGCUUACCCACUUGGUCUCAAGGUUAUAAAAUUCUAUUCUACAGACAGAAUAGCAUAAGUAAGUCUCAGUGAAAGGCAAGAGUCCAAAAAUAUUCUGUUAAAAAUAUUAUUUUAAUUACUAAAAUAACAUUCAAAGUUGCUUUGCCUUAUUCAUGUACAAAACAGUUCAGCUUGAUAUUAAUCUAACUGUAGUACAGCACCAAGUAACAUAAACAUAGCUAAUGUGCAAGGA